AUGUCUCUGCCCAGCUCUGGCCCUCAGCCGUCGUCUGGCCAUAUCGAGGCUCCAUCUGAACCUCAGUCUCAGCCUCAAUCCCAAUCCCAUGCCCAUUCCCAGUCCCGUUCCCAAUCCCAUUCCCAGACCCAGACCCAGACCCAGACUGAACCUCAAUCGGUAGCUCAGCCUCAAGCUCAAGCUCAAUCUUCACCUGCUCCAUCGCCCCGGUCGUCAUCGACCAGCAUUGAGCCUCGUGGUGUCCAUUCCCUGCCCUCACCCCUCAGGCGUUCCAUCCAGCCCAACCCGUCUCCGACCAGCCUGGUGCCCUCCACUGCUGAAGGCAAGCCGAUCCCGGUCGAUGAUUCGACAGUAGAAUACCGCACCACCGCCCUGCGAGAGCUCAACAACAACUUCCCGAGCCAUCGCUACGCCAAGUCGACCGGCGCCCAGAGCAGCACAUACUCGGAGCCUGUCAUUGUCCGGAGCUACUAUCCGCCGGUGCCCUCGAGCAGGCCGUCCAGCUCGUCCCAUGGUCCCAUCGUUCACGGAUCGUCCAUCUCUGGUAGCGGUGCUGGCCCCAGUUCCCAAGUCAGCCGCUUCGCCGAAGCUGUCGCCGGUGUACCUUCUAGGCUCGUGUCCGGAGAGCACGGCAUGCUGGGCAACAUGGUGUUGUCCUUUGGAAAGAAGCCCGUCAACGGCCGCGCCCACGACGAGGCCCGCCUGCCCCCGGUAGAAGCCUUCAGCUUCAAGAGCUUCAUGGCGAACCUCGAGGCCCAGGGCGGCGGUAUCGCUGGUGAUAUCAAUGCCGACCUGGAUCGGAUUGCCGAGAUUUGUGCCAGGUCCAGGUACUCGCUGAGCAAUCAAUACGAGGUCCACUACACUCCCCAUGGAUCCGGCACCUCUUUCUUCAAUGCCUCUUCCCAGAAUGACGCUCAAGGCCCAACCCUGCAGGUAGUCUCCGCGGACGAUGAAUACAGCGUAGGGGCGUCUGCUCGGAGGCGGAGACGCAUGGCCCGAAGGAACAGCAGAGCCGUGGGCACGCUAGAGACCAUCAUAUCGUCCAGUCGCUCUUCGGACGAAGAACAGCCUGGCAGGAAGAAGACUGCCUCCGAGAUCGCCGAAGAGGUUCGCGGUCGGGCGGCGCAAAAGGGCUCGGGCCAUUCCUCGGCAAGCACUUCCUCGAGCGGCACUCUCGAUGAACGCCGUGACACGUGCCAGGAGGACGCUGCGCCGAAGAAGUCGUCGACUUCGCUUGCUCUCAUUGAUGCCUCUACGAGACAAUCCGGCUCGGCAAUAGACUCUCCGCGCACGUCGGCCACCGGCCUCGUCAGUGAACCGGCGCGGCCGCAAGAAUCGACGAGCCAGCUCGAGAUACGCACAGCGCCAGGUGAGCCCCGCGAGGAGCCGCCCGCCCUCCUUGUCAAGGAGACGCCACUCCCGCCGAAGCAAGUCGGGCUGUCUGUCGCAAAGGGGGCCAUUACGCACACCAAAACAGACAGUGCAGGGAGCGGCAUUCUCUCCAUGAUCAACGGAUGGAUGCCUUGGAGGCCGUCAUCCACCUCCUCGGCCCAUCACCAUCAUCAGCAGCACCAGAAGGGCGUCGCCGAGGGGCGUCUUCGGGAUCUUUUGAAGACGGCCGAACCAAAGGGGAAGGGGCAUGAGAUUCUACAGUAA